UGGCAUUACUGGAGAACACAACAUACUUUCUGCUCUCGCACCGCAUACGCCGGCCAUACACGCCUCAGUCUCAAGUUCGACACAGACUUCAGGACCAUCAAGUACCAAGGAUAGUCUCGAGUGAGUCAUUGGACUGCUCAUGCGAAAGUUGCAGCUGAGGCUAAAUAUCGUUGCCAGACUUCGUCAACUGCCAGGCCUUGAGCUAGUUGGGGCGCCCCCAGCUGAGAUAGGGGCGCCGGCUAUCCCUGUAGCUGUACCGCUGGUACCAGCAAAUCCACCUGCAGCAGUUCCUCCAGCAGCUCUCCCAGCAGUUGAACCAGUCAGCCCAGCAGUUCCAGCGGUUGGCCCAGUGGUUCCCCCACCAGCUAUUGCUCCUGCUGUUGUACCAGCUCCUGCACCAGCUGCGGUCGUACCUCCAGCCAUCCAAGCAGACCCUCCGCCUCCGCUGACUGCGACUUUUGUGUCUCCUUUCCCCGCACUUCCGUCAAUGCCUUCGCCUCCACUCGUCACUGGCGAUGACUUUGUGACCAUCCAAUGGGUUGAGACUCACAUCGGCACUCUUCGUACGUGGGUUCCGAAGACUCAUACUGUCCACUUCGAAGCUAUGUCACAAGCUCCUUUGCCGGGUGUGGGAUCGAUCGGUAUGGGAUCCUUGACCGGGAAAACCGGUCAGACGCAAACAAUAUACAUGGUGGUGGGUGCAGCUCCGACCUCUGCAAUCUAUGCGAAGGCUGUUGUUGCUGCCAUGGUUGGUGGUGUUGCCGGGCUGGUAGUGUGAGGAGAAGCGCAGGACAGCAUCCGUUCAGGACGGAAAGCACGAUCACAACGAAGGUGGCAUACCUACAGAAACGUGAGCAGAGAACUUGGCAAUGGGUAUGGCUAUCAUGAUUUGAUGUGCAUGCAUCAUACGUACGAUGAGAAUCAUACUUUGGUGUUACCAAAAACAUUCACCGACGAAUUCUCAGGCCAUGU